UUCCAACAGCUCGCUGUUUAUCCCAAUCCAAUGGCUCGUGCUCUGUCUCGCCUGCUCUUCCUAUGGCGCCCUCCCGCACAUCUCCUCCGCCGCCGCCCACUAAACCCUAGCACGAAACCCCUAAGCACGCGCGCGAAAGCUCUCGCCUCCGGUCACUCCCUCAUCCUCCCCGGUGAUGACCGCUCGCCUCCAUCCUUUCCCUCUCGGCGCGCCGCCCACCUGCCGCCGCCGGACUACGGAUGCGGCGGAUCUUCGGGGACGAUCGCCGCCAUCGUGACCUCCCUCGGCGGAGGUCCCGCGGCCGUCGGAAUUGUCCGGCUAUCCGGCACUGACGCCGUUGCCGUCGUCGCUCGCGUAUUCCGGCCGGCCAGGAAAGAGCCGGAGCUCUGGAAGCCUCGCAGCCACUUCGUGGAGUACGGUUUCGCGUUGGACGGAGAUGGCAGCGUCAUCGAUGAGGUACUGGUGGUGCCUAUGCUGGCUCCAAGAUCCUACACCCGGGAGGAUGUGGUGGAGCUCCAGUGCCAUGGGAAUGAUCUGUGCUUGCGGCGUGUGCUGAGGGCCUGCUUGGAAGCUGGUGCCAGGCUCGCCGACCCUGGUGAAUUCACUCUCCGUGCAUUCCUAAAUGGGAGAUUGGACUUGGCUCAAGCAGAGAACGUCUCCAGGCUUAUUUCAGCCAAGUCUGCAGCUGCAGCAGACUCUGCCUUGGCUGGCAUCCAGGCAUGCUUCUCUACUCUAGUGAAGUCAUUGAGAUCAAGGUGCAUUGAAUUGCUCACUGAAAUUGAGGCUCGUUUAGAUUUUGAAGACGAGAUGCCUCCAUUGGACCCUAUGGUGCUGCUGAACAAAAUUAACAGCAUGAGGCAAGAGGUUCAGGAUGCUCUGGAUACUGCAAAUUAUGAUAAGCUCUUACAAUCUGGUCUACAGAUAGCAAUAAUUGGUCGCCCAAAUGUUGGAAAGUCAAGCCUCCUGAAUGCAUGGAGUAAGAGUGAAAGAGCUAUUGUUACUGAAAUAGCUGGAACUACAAGGGAUGUAGUAGAAGCAAAUGUCACGAUUCAUGGCAUCCCUGUUACCCUUCUAGACACUGCUGGUAUAAGACAAACUGAUGACAUCGUGGAAAAAAUUGGUGUAGAACGAUCAGAGGCUGCCGCACUGGGAGCUGAUAUGGUUAUUAUGACAAUAAGUGCAGUUGAUGGGUGGACUGAAGAUGACACUAAACUUAUUGAACAUGUUAUGCUUGAUAAGAAAUCCCCAGGUUCUGCCAUUCCAAUGGUUCUUGUUAUCAACAAGGUAGACUGCUCACCAUUUGUUGCAGGAGAACAGUUUGAGAAAUUCAGUGGAAUUUUCAGAAAACAUGUACACACAUGUGCAGUCACUGGUAAAGGCAUCUCUGAGUUAGAGAAGGCUGUAAUAGAGAUUAGAGGUCUUGAGCCCAUACCUUCCGGGGGACGACGGUGGACUGUAAACCAGAGACAACUGGAACAGCUCAUGAGGACUCAAGAAGCUUUCACAAGACUAGAGUCGUCGAUCAGUGAGCAGUUGCCAUUGGAUUUUUGGACUAUAGACUUGAGGGAAGCUGCAUUGGCUCUGGCAACAAUCAGUGGAGAGGACAUAUCUGAAGAAGUUCUGAGUAACAUAUUCAGCAAAUUUUGCAUUGGAAAAUGAUACGCCCUGUAGAACCAUGCUGGUCCUUAGUAAUUGGCUCCUUGGGUUAUAUUGAGCAGGGCAGUAACAUAGAAUGAUCUGAACAAGUCCCCAGCAGCUGUGGCAGUCACAGAACAGAGCAAUGAAAUUGGAACUAUUUUGUGGAUGGGGUCAAAUAUUUUGAGCUUGAGACUUACUUAA